CCGGGACACAAGACUGCUUGACAGUCUGGUUGGCGUUGGAUGCAUGUCAUUGUUUUUGAGCGUCAUUGUUAUAUCUGUUUUGAUUUCUUCUGGCUAGCACAGGCUCAUCCAUUAUACCCCGUCUUCACCGUCUAGUAUUUUCAGAUUGUAUAUUGCGAAAACUCAUGAUUGUUACGACCGCCUUAAUUUACCCAAAAACUGUCAGCUUGCGCAUCCGGUCCGCCAGCGACAAUUAAUACUCGUGUAUAGCGAAAGCACCGAAGGAUUUCAACGCAGGAGGAAUCGCCAAGAUGGAGGCACUGUCACCGCGGUCAACAAAUCAAAUGAUUAAACCCAAGGUUCCUAUGGAACGGAAGGUGCUCGAUCGGAACGCUGCAGCUGCACAGAAAUCUGCAUCUUCGAAGAACCAUGCGCCACCACCGCCGGCUCUCGUCACAGAACCCACGGAAUAUGGAGAGCGGUACUCAACCGGCGCGUUCCUGGGAAAAGGAGGAUUUGCUAUCUGCUACGAAGGAACAUUGGCGCGCAAUGGUCGGGUCUUCGCGAUGAAGGUUGUGAGGUCGGAAAUGUCACAAAAGAAGAUGCAGGAGAAGUUUCGCACCGAACUUCAAAUCCACUCGAAAAUGCGGCACCCUCAUAUCGUCGGCUUCCAUCGCGCGUUCGCCUUCGACCUGAGCACAUACGUGAUCCUCGAACUUUGCCCCAAUGGGUCGGUUAUGGACAUGGUUAGGAAAAGGAAGUGUCUGAGUUUGCCGGAGGUCCGACGAUUGAUGAUUCAACUUUGCGGUGCGGUGAAAUAUUUGCACAAGCGAAAUGUGGCGCAUCGUGAUCUGAAAAUGGGCAACCUAUUCCUGGAUCAGAACAUGGACAUCAAAGUGGGGGAUUUCGGAUUAGCGGCCAUGAUUGUGUCAGAGCGAGACGAGAAACGGAGACGGACGCUAUGCGGAACGCCCAAUUAUAUCGCACCGGAGGUUCUGGAUAAAACAAAGGGUGGACAUACGCAGAAAGUCGACAUCUGGUCCCUCGGUGUUAUAUGUUUCGCGAUGCUCACGGGCUACCCUCCGUUCCAAUCGAAAACACAGGAAGAAAUAUACAAGAAAGUCAGAAACCUCACAUACGUGUGGCCGAAAGGCCCAGAUUGUGCCAACGACAUCCCGGAGGAGGCGAAAUCGCUAGUCAGUUCUUGUUUGAACUUGGCGGAGGAGGACCGACCCGACCCCGACGAUAUUGUUGAGCAUCCAUUCUUCAGCAUGUACGACGGAUGCAUCCCCCGGAGACUGGAGCCCGAGUGCCGUCUUGCCAAACCUUUCUGGCUUACAUCGGAUGAGCCUCGCGGCGACAAUAUGGUGAUCGGCCACAGCCUGGAGUACGAUGACAAACUGUCGGGUUAUAUAGAUACCAUCGAUGACCCCAGCCAGCGAUACCACAUUUGCAAAGCCGCAUUUUACACGUUCUGCGGUGUUGGGAGGAAGCCGGAUGGGACUGCUCGCAAAGCCGCUGGCAAGCAUGGCUCUAAGUCGGCCUUUGCUGAAUGCUUGGCUGAAGAGGAGAAGGGUCUUCAACCAAUUAUUCCCUUGCCGGAGGAUAUUGUUUACAGCUACCCCCAUGAUCCCGAUGGAGAUUGGAGUGUGCCAGAGCUAAUGCUAACCAAACGUAGAGACUGCUCCUCGCUAGAGAGUACCGUCUUAUCCUCGAAGAGUACCGCAUCGGCGCGCAGCACCACAGUGUCACAAUCACGGACGCAAGCAGCAUUAGCUGCGGCCCAGCAACGUCGACAAGAGUCGCAGAGCCAUGCGGCUACUCUCCGACAGCAGGCGACAGGUCGAGGAUCUGUCAGGAAAGUGCCAACUCUCAGCGACGCGCCGGGCCCAGUACCACGAGCUUUGGAACAUUUGCGUGUGGAUGAUGAUGCGCUGUCGGUGCCGGGUGUGCCAACGGGUGGCCUCGCGGACCGUCCAAUUCGCACGCGCCGGGGCGUGGCUGCGUCCUACUCGGGUUCAACCCGGGGCUCGGAAAGAAACCUGGUACCACAGGUAUCCCGAAUUGCCAGUGAUGCUGCGAUGCUGACGGUUGGAAAGACUCGUUCGCAGUCUCGACGGCUAGAAGCUGCGACCAAGGACGGUCCCGAGCUUCCCUUGCCCAAAGACCGAACCACAACCACAACCACAACGUUAGAUAGUGUUCCCAUACGACCACGACCUGCGUCAAUUCGUCUUGCCCCCAAGGUGGAGAAGCCGGAGACCGUGAAGCCGGAGAUCGUGAAACCGGUCGAGACAUAUAAGCCCGAACCGCGACCUGUCCCAGCUGAAGAGAGCCACCGUCCACGGCCGGAGCCACAACCUCAAGGUUUACCUCGAACCGGUAGUAAGACGUCAGUGUCUUCCGGUAGUAAACCUCGGUCAUCCCUCGGAACGAACCCCCUUUUCCAUCGCGAUGAUCCGUGUGAAUCCCUCCCGGGGACGUCGAUCGCGGAUAUCAAUGCGGACCUACGACACAUGCUUUCAAACCUAGUGCCGAAUUCAUCCUCCCGACGCCGCGCAGUCGCCAGGAGGGAACCGCACGCAUACGUCAUCAAAUGGGUCGAUUACACCAACCGAUAUGGCAUUGGCUAUGUCCUGGACGACGGGAGUGUAGGGUGCGUUUUUAGAGCCGGAAACGGCAAUCCAGCUACCGGCGUUGUGGUGCGUGAAGGGGAGAAGCACAUCCGUCGCAAGGCGCGCAGCCACGAGAAACGCGAGGGAGACACAUUCUCCUAUGCCGAGGCGGACCAGCUCGUGCCUCGUUACGGGAGACCGGUCGAGUUUUACGAGAACUGUGAUAACGAUGCAUCCGGCUUCCACGGGGGUGUACGACGCGCAGCAGUCUCCCCUUCGCUAUUUGAAGUCAAGCCAUCGUCCAAUGGCUCCUCCAGUUCGGGUGUAAAGGUCCGCACCAAUUCUGGGAUUGAGUGUGCACGAGCCGACGCCGAGAAAAUCAAGCGAGUCAAAUUGGUUGAUCAGUUUGGAAAGUACAUGAUCGGAUCUCUGGGCCGCCAUGGCGACGAGGCAUUCCUUGAAGAUCAGGCGCCAACCCGGGACCAAGGGCAGUUCAUCAAGUACUACCAGCGCCUGGGUAACGUAGGUGUGUGGGGAUUUGGGGAUGGUGCUCUGCAGUUUAACUUCCCUGACCACACGAAACUUGUUAUCUCACCGGGUCGCACCAGGAGCUCUUCCCCCUGGAUCGACUUCUACCACCUGUCGCCUUCGGCAGCUCGCUACUUGAGCGCCAAAGGAAAGAUGCAUCCGGCUGGAUUCGACACGCGGGCGGUAGCGUCGGACGAGAUAGGAACCUUCUUAAGCAUUGCGUACGGCGCGACAGCGAGCCCGAUGGAUGAGCGCAUUCGAGACAUUCUAGACGCCAACUCUUUCCUUCAAAAGAUCGGUUUCUUAAAAGAUGUCCUCAAAGGAUGGAUUAAACACGGGCGAAUCGGCGGCCGCCCGUUCGACAAAUCUCUAGGAGCGGAAGGAGGGCUCCGAUCGCUUGACAUGUUCUGGGAGGGAGCCCAAGAGAGGGCACACGGGUGUAAAUUUGUCUGGGUCACAGUGGGGGCGCCUGGGGGAGACGGCGAGUACCGAUCCAUCACGCUCAGGGAGAAGGACAAGAAGGUCGAGGCAACCCACGAGCAGGAGAUGGGGAUGCUGAAGGAGCGGUUGCGAAUGCUGGGGCCACCGUCUUAGUCGACGGUCUCCGGGUCUUUUACGAUGUUAUGAUCUUACUGUUUCGAUUCAUUGCAAUGGUCGUUUUGGUGUGAUUCUUGUGCAUAUCCCCUUGCAUUUUCUGCGUUUGAUUUAUUGCAUGAUCAGUUGCA